AUGGAGGAAAACGUUCAAUACUACUAUGAUUCGUCUGCUGAUAAGUGGUGGUACUUCGAUACUGCCAAGCAGGGCUGGUCGCCGUGGGAGGAGACGCCGGAAAAUGCUGAGGGAGAAGCCACAUCCUCGGGCGGCGCAGUGCAGACUUCCAGUCCUACCGAGGACACACAAACUGAAAGCAUCAGCCAUAGUGGGGAGGCACCGACCGAAAGUGCCGACAACUCCAGUUCGUCUGACAGAGGCCAGGGCGAAGAGGGCGUCACACACACACCAACGGAGAAGAUAGCCAAAGGCAACUCACCAUCGUCCCAAGCCACGGACAAGCUCAAGGCCGCGUGCACCUCGGUGAGGAGUGAGUCUUGUUCCUCUAGAGUUGCAGAGCAUGAAGGGGGCGCAAAGCGCGCAGACGCCGAAGGAGACGGGCAGAAUGUUGUCGAAAGUAACAGCGGUGACAAAGAUGAAUCAGCUGCGACCGUUGCGUCUCUAGUGUCUGCUGAGAAGGAAGCGGAGAAUGACACACAACGAACCUAUUCUCUGGCCCGGAGCGAUGCUUCGGAUCGCGUCCGGGACAUGCUCGCGCGACUUGCUAGUACCACUUCUCUGGAUAGAGCACUAACGAACAUUGCAGUCGCGGGAAGCACUAGCCAUCACGACUUCUUCAUGGCACGGCGAAAAACUGGGGCUGGUGUGAACCCGGCAAGCGGUCGCGACGGAGUAGAUGCGUCAAAUGCGGACGAUGACAGAGACAGCGAAGACGAGGAAAUACCGGAGAUCGUGCAUGACCCUAUCGUUCGACGCAGCACGAGAAUGCUGACCUUCAAAGACAAAGGUGGUCUCGCAGGAUGCUUGAAAGCGGUGGCUGCACAACGCAAGUCCCUGAUCGAAGAAGCAGGGGGAUUGGUGCCGGGCACAGAAGAUUACCGACAAGAAGAGAUCAAACGGAGAGCGAGACAGCUUGCCUCACAAUCGCACGUUCGCGCGCAGCGACGGUGGCUCGACGCUGCUCGAAUGGCCUCUGGCGCGGCGCCAAAGCCAGCCGAGAAAAUCAAGCGCUUUUCUGACCUCGUCGAUCGUCUUCGGGAGAAACCGGCACACGAAGAUGAAGACGAACCCGUCCUUGCGGGACUCGCUGCUCCCUCGCAUGCUCUAACAGCCGGCUCGCCGCCAGGCGCGUUAGGUGCGGUCGACGACUCGUUGGCGUCGAAACUGCUGAUGAAGCCAGAAAUCGAUUUACGUGAGCAGCGACGGAGAUCCAGUGGCUUUACCGGUGGCCAGGAAGGCUACGUGCGAUUUGCGGAUGCGACGUUUCGCGAUCCGAACUUCCAGUUGCAGAUGAAGGAUCUCCUCACGCAACAGGGGAGGCGGAAGGGUUCGAUAGACUCGACAGAUUCGGCGGAUUACACCGCGGGUUCCGCUGCUGCGGCGGAGCGCGCGGAUGCAUCGCGGGAGUAA